CUAGUAAAGCUUCUUCAACUCCAGUGCUUACCUUACCCAAGGUACCUUAUCAUACUUUCGGUGAUGUUGCAUAUUCUCGACGCCCGUCCGGUUUUUACUGACAUUCGUUUCACCGCGAAGCACAUGCUGCAUACGUCUGGCCCUUCGACUCGUAUAAAACUUUCCAGAUUCCCAGGCGCAACAGCUAAGUGUUCCUCCAUCCUUCUUCUGCCCCUGCUCACGCUCACCCUUGGAACUCUGGCGUCUCCAUCACCCACAACACCAAGCACAACACCACCACAACUGGCCAAGACGCUUCUCCCUUUUUCCAUCUUGACUUCACCGCUGAUCUACCAUCAGUGUUGUUCGCUCAGUCUUUGAACACUACCAAAACAUCCAUCCCCCCUUUCCUCCCGUUUCCUCACACACACAACACACACAACACUGCCAUGGCGACCCCGGCUUCUGGGUCAUCCAAGGCGACCCAGCCAACCUCUAGACAAGACAAGACGCUGCUCCUCUUUGCCCGGCUCAUGGAAGGCGGCAAGGAGGACGAGGAGACGGCCGCUGACCUGGCUGAGCUGACGAAGCUUCUUAACGAGGACCGCAAGCUCAGCAAGGAAGAUGAUAAGUCCAUCAUCUCAGUCAUCGACAUUGACUGCGUCGACACCAUCUUUGGCUUCCUGGACAUGAGACAGCCUGACGUGGUACGAGCCCAGGCCACUCUCUGCACGACUGCCUACCUCAAUGCUGCCGGCGAGGAGGGCCGGCGGAAGGUCACCGAGUUCUUCCACACCAGAAUGAAGCGAGCCACCUACGAUGACUACAUCAUCGCCUUCUGCGCCGCUACGGCCCUCUUCCCAAUUGCAUAUGACCUCAUGGCAGACCUGAUCCACACCGAGGGCUUCCUCCCCAGCCUUGCCCCGCUUAUGAGGCGGAAGUGGAAGAGCAAAAAGGUCGAGACGGCAUGCCUAGAGAUGCUCCAGGCGGCCUGUCUGCAGACCAAGUGCCAUGCGGCCAUUUACAAGUACUGCAUCGACUGGAUGGAGGAGAUCAUCUUCGAGGACCCCGAGGACCGCGUCGAAACCAUGUGGCAGACCGAGACCGACCUGAAGAUCGAAGAGGAAGGGGCCGGGCCGCUGAGACGGCACUGUGAGGAAGCCCGCAGCCUUGCCGCGGUAGUCUGGAUGAAGAUCAUGGCAGCGCCCGUUCAGCUCGCAGAGAACCAGGGCACCGAGCCCCAGACCGAUUCGGUAACAGGCAAGAUCGAGAUUCUUUCCAGACGAUUCGCAAAGAUGCUUUCAGCCAGUUCGGAACUUGUCCAGUGUGCGGUGGAGGGACUGGCCUUCGCAACCACGCGGCCGGUCAUCAGGGAGCAAGUGGCACGCGACAAGGAAACCCUGCAGCGCCUCGUUAAAACCUUGGAGUCGGCGCCGGCGAAGUCGGCAUUGGAAUACGGCGUCCUCAGCAUCUUUGCCCACCUCACCCGAUACCAGCCCACCGAGACCGAGGAGCAGAAGAGGCUAAGGGAGCUCAAGGCGUAUGCUAACGCGGCGGGGAAGCCACAGCCGGACCCGCUGGCCGACGACGCUCACGUAGCAGAGCGCUGCAAGCUCGUCUUCGAAGCCGGCGUGGCGUCCGCCCUGAGCAGGCGCGGCAGCACCGCCUCGGCCGCCUCCCUGUUCCAGAUCGUUUCCAUCCUCUCUUCUCUCUCCGUCACCCAAUCCCGCCGCGGACAGCUCGCCCAGCAGGGCGCCGUCCGGGUGCUCGUCAACGCCUGGAACACGCUGCCGUGCAACGAGGAAGCCCCCAGGCGCGUCGCAGCCCAGGCCCUCGCGCGCAUUCUCAUUUCUGUCAACCCGCAGCUAGUCUUCAAGCACAUCCCAGAGCAGGCCGCCAUCAGCCCCCUGGUCUCCCUCCUGACCCAGGACCCGACCGCCGAGACGCGCGAUCUGCUGCCCACGUUCGAAGCCCUGAUGGCCCUGACCAACCUCGCCUCCGGCAGCUCCGGCGGAGACGGGAGCGCCACCCGCAAAGCCAUCGUCAGCACCGCCUGGGAUGCCAUCGAGGAGCAGCUGUUCAGCAGCAACGACCGCGUCUGCACCGCCGCCGUCGAGCUCGUCUGCAACCUGGUCCAGGACCCGGAGCAGACGCUCCGCAUCUUCGGCGACGGCUCGGCCAAGGCGUCCACCCGCAUCAAGAUCAUCCUCGCCAUGGCCGACGCCGAGGAUGAGCAAACGCGGAGCGCGGCGGGCGGGGCGCUGGCCAGCGUCUCGGCGUUUGACGGCAUCGCGCGCGAGCUCGUGAUGCAGCCGCGGGGUGCCGAGAUAAUUUUGGGUUUGUGUCGUGACGACAGCGAGGGAUUGAGGCAUCGCGGCGCCGUCGUGGUGGAUAAUCUGAUUUCGCACGGGGGAGAAGUCGGGAAGUUGGCGAAGGAGAAGUUGUUUGCUUCGGAUGGCGUUCGGGCGUUGACCGAGUGCGCAAAGAAGAGCCGGACGCCGGAGGUGGUGCAAGCUGUUGUGCAUGCUUUGGAGGUUUUGCUUGAGGGGAGGAAUAUGAGUGAGGCCAUGUAAUAAUUUCGCCUUGUUUCCGUUCGAGAUGUUUUAACACGGCUAUUGUCUGCAAUUCGAGGUUCGAACUAGGGCAACAUGUCACGAACGCCUAGCCGCGGAUGUGUGCGCUGUCCCCCCCCAAACUCCGCAAGACGCCUUGCGCUUCUGGGAUGAACUUAAAUAUCUG